AUGACCACAUCAUCUGCUAGCAGCAUGACUCCUAGGUCGCCAUUGAUGACACCAAAAACCAGCCAGAUAGACUUGUUAUUGGCAGGGAAGGGUGCCUAUUCUGAACAUGAUGACCUUCCACAGAUGAAUGAGCUUGCUGAUAUUGCUCGAUGUGCUGGCAAUAUGCCAUUGGAUGAUGACCGAUCUUUGUCGUAUCUGUUGACGUGUCUUGAUGACUUAAGAAUUGUGAUCGACCGGAGAAAGUUUGAUGCCCUGAACGUCGAGGCAUUUGGAGCACGCAUAGAGAAGCUUAUUCGGUUCUUGCUUUGGAGUAUCUACAUUCUCUGCGUGUGGUUCACCGUGAGACAACCUGACCCUUCAACUCCCAACUUAAAGAUUGAUCUGCUAGCUGAGAUUAGUCGGUCACCUUGCAUUCUGUCGGAAGUUGAUGCAUCUCUAAAAACUAAGCGAAUGAAAAAUGAUGUGGACGAGUAUCUAAAGGGUGCUGCAAAUAUAAAAGUGGCAGGAACAGAUAUGAACAAUAAGAGUAGCCGGUCACAUAGUGUUUUCACCUGCUGGUUCUCAAAGGUCAAGUAUUACUAUCAACCAAUUAAAAUGUCGUUCACCAAUGGCGUAAUUAAGAUUACAAACACCAAUUUCUUUCAAACAACAGAAGAUCUAGAGUUUAAUUAG